CCUUCGUGCUGAGCGGUCGUGCGGUGAACAGAGGCGAUUUCGCUUCUCAAACUUUUCUUCUUGCAUACGCGACGUCCACAAAAUAAUAACGUCUUUCAACAGAUUCUAUUAAUGAAGUGAUUGUUUUAGUUUUGUAUUUGUUAAAAUUUGGUGGUGAUGUGAAUCUGACUUGUGUUUAAAAUAAUUGGUCUAAUAUAAUUAUGGAGGGAAGACUGAUUUUCCACGCCAAGGAAACACCGCAGCGGCGUUUCCUGGUAUAGUGGCCAAUGAGCGGGUAGGAUGCGGCGGCAUGCACCGCAUCGUGCUGCUAAUGGCGGUGCUCACCCGGGCCAUUGCACCACAAAUCACCCGCUUAGUUCCCUUUGUUACUGAGCCGUACGACUUGGAGUCUUCCACGGUGCCACCGCCUACCGUCUUCAAGAACACCAUGAAACUACCCACGCGAAUCGUCAAGGGAUCCCGUAACGGGAAAGUGGAUUCGCCCAUGCUCAAUUACAUAUUCGACUCGUACGCGACGAGCAACAAGCACUUUCAUGACAAGUUCAAACCUCCAUCAUUUGAAGGCGAUAUGAAUGCUGAUGACACUAUCGUCAACGCUGAUACGGGUUCAACUGUGAUGAUGGACUGUCGAGUCACAUCACUAAGGGACAAAACGGUAUCGUGGAUAAGAGUGUCCGAGGAUGAAAAUUUAGAGCUUCUCACCGUAGACUUAGAAACACACACGGCGGAUUCACGAUACAGAAUGGAUCUUGCCGGUGAUAAUUGGAAGUUGGCUUUGACCGACGCCAAAGUGCUCGACUCCGGGAUAUAUUGCUGUCACGUGUCAACUCAUCCACCGAUGUUGAAGCGUUUCAAGUUAAUCGUUCAUCCGCCAGAAAUAAGAAUGAGCAAAGAGGCUUUCCUUGAAAGCGGCGAGACUUUGUCUUUGAAAUGUGCUGUGUUAUACCUUCAUCCUGGUACUGCGGAGCCUGCAAUGCGAUGGUAUAAAGGCAAUACGACCACACCAUUGGACGAGCAAAGGGGCGGAGUGUUGAUCGAAACCGACCAUUUAACACUUACGAGUCAUUUGCAGGUGGCCAGACUGAAAACAGAAGACGCCGGCAACUAUACUUGCGCUCUGGAAGCGCCCCUGCAAAUGAAAAUGACAGCAAGAGUUCACGUUUUGCAAGGUUCAAGUCUCGCCGAGCUACAAAGCGGUGUGAAAACAAACACGAGUUACCGGAGCCUGUUGUUGACAACGAUGGUGAUCUUACUCGGAGUCGGGGAUGUGAGGUGACCUAUUUAGGUGACGGACGGCUUGAAGGCUUGGUAACAAGAAUCGGGAACAAGCAAUAAUAGGGCGCGAUUGACGUUAUACUUACUUGUCCACGAGAUUUAUUAGCUUUGUGAAAAUAAUGGAAAGCAGCAAGCACGUGAAGAGGCAUUGGGAUAUCUUUACUUUCUCUUCCACACUAUUUUUUUUAUGACUUGAAUAUUAAUUAUACAGUUAAAGACCACCAGUUAAUAGUUAUGAAUCUCAUUUCUCGUGCUGAUAACAUUUUUGCUUUUUAUUAAGAUUUAUCUAAAAUAUACAUGUGUUGCAAAACCAUGUAGGUUCCAUAGAACCGUUUUGUAUUUAUUCCUUUUGAUAUUGUUUAUUUUGUUUCUUUGUUAUCAAUCAAUAAAUGUAUUAAGAGUCCACACGAAUCUUUGAUGCCGUUUUAAAAUAAUUAAGUAUUGCGCUCAAAAACAUGAAUUUGAACUUAAUUAGAGGACGGAUUAGUUUGACACUGAUUUUGUUUUGGAUCGUAAAUAUCCUAAUUUAUUUUGUGCUAGUAAACAAUAACAACGUCAUUAUUAAUCUUAUCAAGUAUUUAAUCAAAACGUAAAAUGAAUGUUUUCAUUAAGUACUUCAUUAUGAAUUUAUUUUAAUUGAUUAAUUUGCAUUUUAGUUAGAAAAAUAUUUUAAGUACUCGUGCCUUAUUUCGUCGGUCAUGAAUUGACUUCACUUACACACUCAAAGUUUCUUAUCAUAACUUAAGAUUUCCUUUUCAUAACAAAGUCCUAUAGAAUGUUUGUGUUUCCAGUUAUAAAAUUACACAAAUGUAGCUGAUCUAUCAAAAUCAUUUAUUCAUUUUGAAAAUUUUAUACGUCUAACUUGCUUUUUUCGCAGAUAUAAUGUUCGAUUGGUUUGUUGACCAAAGUCAGGAUAUUGAUUAAAAAAGGAAAUAUUAAAGUAAAAGCAUGUAAUAUUCGAAAUGUUACUCAAGCCUAGACCGUCCACGGCCAUAUUAAUAAUGUGUAAGGACCAUGUGUCAUUGUAAAUUAUGUAUAAUUUAAUGUGAUUGUCUACCAUUGAGAUCUCGACCGUGUUACCACACCUAAUGUUAAAAUCCGUUGUAUGCUGUACAAUACAAAAACUCUUUAUUGUACACCACGAAAAACAUUGAACAUUAAGCACAAAACGAACGGUGGAAAAAAGUUGUGCCGUGUCGCGUCAUAAGAGCAAGAUUUUCUGAUUACUGUGUUAAAAUAAGACAAUGUUUUAAAAUUAUGAAGGAAAUUUAAACUUUUCUAAAAAUAGCGCGGGUUCUUGGGAUUGAAAAAUAUGUUGUAAAGAAGAGACGGCGAAAGCGAAUAGGUAGCCGCUUGUAUGGGCGACUACUUGCCGAUGAGUGCCCAAGUUGCACAUUUUUCCCCAAAAUAUUAUAGGCAAGCCAAGAAUUUACCAUUGCCAAAUCUGGCAGAUGGUGGAACAUAUCACUUUCUGCUUUUUAUGGUGAUUGUUAUCAUUCUUCACAUUUUAGUUCUAACACCACUCAUACAGAAAGAAAUAAAAGCUACUGAAACACCGAGUUUAUCGUUCAAGGCGCUAUUAAAUAAUAGACACGGAAUCUGACGAGUAUGAUGCUAUGAAUGAUGUCUGUUACAUUGGUUUACCAUGGUUCGCGAUAUUGGAAAUUCGAUGAUUUGCACGGGCGUUUACUACGGACGGAGUCGAUUCUCCUCCCAAGAAUUUAAACUUGACAAUCGAUGUAUCGUCAGCAUGUCAUGCCGUAUCCAACUUUAUGGAAAUAAACAUUAAUUUAGUAAAAGUAGAAUGGAUAUAACAACUUUAAAAGAGAGAAAGCUACAUUCCUUACGAUUUGUUCGAACUAUAAGGCUAACAUAAAGUUUAAAGUUUAAAAAUAAACAUUAACAAUCAACAUAUGAAAAAAGCAUGGCCGUAAAUGUUACAUUUGACUUAUUUAACGGAAUUAUCAGCCUUACAAUACGUAAUUUCAAAGAUAAAAUUUAUCGAUAGUGCCGCGCCAGGCUCGCCCGUUCGCUGUAUUCACGCACAGUGAAAAUCAAGCCUUAUAUUUCUUUAGAACUACGAGCAAAGAAUAUAAUGUUGCUGUCAUCAUGUUAAAUUGUACGUUAAGUAUAUUAAAACAAAAUAAUUCACUGCAACGAUCAUUUACGUUCCCAGUUCCCUACAAUUAUUUUUUGGUAUUUACACAUAUUAUUUCUCUAAAGUGGUGACACGAUUGAAAUCCUUGAAAUUGUUGUACUGUGUACAUUAAAUUUUAAUUAGUACCUUGUAAUAGAAUAUGGAAUAAUCAAAUAAAUUUCAAAAGAACUCCGACAUAUCAGACAUAAUAUCUUUUACUCGGCACUGUGCACUUUGUAAAUUUGUUUUCAGUGUUGUAUUUAAUUUACAAUAAAUAAAAGUCGUUAAUGUUAGUAUUUUUGUUUAGUCUAAAAUAAAUAUAGUACCUACUACAUUUCAAUAUUACAUAUCUAACACUAGAGCUAUUACUGCAAAUAUUUAAUUGUUUAUAUUAUUAUUAUUUAAAAGAAAUAAAACGAUGUAUAUUUAUAUAUAAUCGAAACACUACAUUCUACGAUGCACUAAAUGUACUAUUGUGUUAAAACUUCCAAGUAUAUUGAUAAAUUAUACUAUAAUUAUGUAUUAAAUAUCUGUAUCGUAGUAAAACAAUGUAAAUAUAAUGGAUAUAAUGUAAUUAAUGUUUUACUACGUUGAAUUAUCUUUCUUAUUAUGAAUUCUUGAAACACUUUAUUAUUACUUGGUCAUUAAUUUUAGUUGAUUAGUGUUUUUGUAACCUUUGGUCGUAUAUUAUCAAGUCGGCAUUUCGAAUUAAAAAUUAGCAUUCGUACCUAAUACAAAAUUAAAUAGCUUACGAACUUAGAACUCGGAACAAAAGGGAAAUAGAAAAAUGUUUGUGUAUAAAAAACUAAGCAAAAAGAACUUAUUUUUUGACUAAAAGGUACAGGAAAAUUCCUCCUUGUCUUCAAGACAAUAGGGAUAUAGGAUGAGACAUCUUUUCUCAAAUCAAAUCUUAUCAUUAAUCUUUUUCUUUUAAGAUUUUAACCUUUUCACAUAUUAAAUAAGGAAAUUAAAGUUUUAUUGAUACUUAAUUAAUUAUGAGAAAAUGACGUGCCAUGAAAUAUCUAGAGUCAAAUACAAUGUUUUUUUAUUGUUAAAGAAAAUGACAUUAUCAUUAAUAAUAAUAGGCUAUUAAGUAUUAUGUUCAUAGUUUAUCUGGUUUUCCUCAUAUCAGAAUUUCAUAUCUAUAAAACGAAAAGGAAUUCUUCCAGAAAAAUUCGGGAUAUUGUAAAUAUUAUUGAAGAUCUUUUGUCAUCAUCAUAGAAAAACAUCUAAAAGAAUCUCUCUUACAAAUACUCUAGGUAUUAUAUUGUGCAAUGUUUUAAACAUAUCGGUGCUUAUGUUGACUGUUAAUUUAGCAUUAAAUAUUAUGAUGUUGUUAUUAUUAAUUUAGUUACAAUAUUGUGAUAAAUAAGAUUUUUAAUAAAAAGUGUGCGCACUA